AUGCUCCCCAUAAGGGUGGAGGACGACAACCUGAUGGCCCUGGUGGACACUGGCGCCACCUACUCUACCAUCAAUACAAAGAUACGCCCUGUCUUGCUCUCUGAGGAGCACAUCACCCUGGUUGGAUUUUCUGGGACACCUGAGGUGCCUGCAGAAGUUUGGUCCCAAGGUCCCACGGACGUGGGGUUGUGCACCUCUUUCCCUCCUGUGUCUUUACAGAUGAAGCCAGGAGGCCCGAUUCGCAUAAAGCAGUAUGCCGCCAAACCAGACGCUGUCGAGGUAAACAGCGGUGUUUUAACUGACAAACCAUCAGCGCAGGCGGCAGAACUAGAGGCUCUCUGCGCCGCCUUGGAGUUUGCUAAAGGUAAAUCUGUAAAUAUUUACUCCGACUCUGCGUAUGCUACUCAGGCUGUCCAUUUCAACCUCUCCGAGUGGAAAAGAAACGGCUUCUUGACUGCUAAAGGCCGACCCAUCACACAUAGAGCCCUGGUGGAGAGGCUGGACAGCGCUCUCCAGCUUCCAAAACAGGUAAGCGUCAUCAAGUGCCAAGGGCACUCCAAGUCAGACAACUUUGAGGCCAGGGGAAACGAGGCGGCGGAUGAGGCCGCAAAGAAAGCUGCCAACUACAAGGUCAGUACUCCAGGAGUGUUUGUGGUACGGGACGAGGGGCCAGACCUGGCAGACUGCCUGCCCGAUCUGUCCCUUCAGGUUUUAGCUGAAGCCCAAACAAAAGCAGCUCCUGAAGAAAUAUCCAUGUGGGUUCAAAAACGGGCAAAGAAGGAUCCAGAUACUGGCAUCUGGUACGGCCCUGAUGGCCGCCCCGCCCUGCCCAUGGGGGACCUCUCACGAGCGGCUUUAUCUGAGGCACAUGGGCUAGCCCAUGUGGGUGCGCAGGAAAGCGGUACCUGUUGGUCAUCACUGACACCUUUACGGGAUGGCCUGAGGCAUAUCCUGCUGCAAAAGAGGAUGCUGCCUCUGUAA